CGUUAAUGCAAAAAAAGUUCCCCCACCAUUAGCUGCUCAAUUGGUAACCUUCAAUCGACAAUGGAAGCUCCUCAAUUUCAAGCCAGUCUCCAAUUCAGACGUUUCUUAGCGUCCCAAACCCCAUGUUUUAAAGACACUGAGCAUUGUAAGAUUGCUGCACCUAAAAGCUCAGAUGAAAGGGUGCCAUCUCUAAAUAUCAAAAAGUUGCUAAGAAGGUCAGUCCUGCAACUUGUUGGAUUGAGUCCUAUUUUCGUAAGUACUCGUCCUGUCUUAUCUGCGCCAGUUCAGGAGAUGAAAGAACCUGAUGUUAUCCGGACUCUAAAGCUUGCUAGUGGAGUGAGGAUACAAGAUGUUGUUGAAGGGGAAGGACCAGAGGCUCAUGAAGGAGAUAUCGUCGAAAUUAAUUAUGUCUGCCGACGAUCAAAUGGAUAUUUUGUCCACAGUACGGUGGACCAAUUCAGCGGAGAAAGCUCCCCUGUCAUACUUCCUCUGGAUGAUACACAGAUAAUUGAAGGUCUGAAGGAAGUCUUGAUUGGAAUGAAGCCUGGAGGAAAAAGAAGAGCGUUGAUACCGCCUUCACUAGGAUACAUCAAUGAAGACUUAAAACCAGUACCUGAAGAGUUUGGACCAAGGCGUAGCCUUAUGUCUCAUGUGAAGGAGCCUCUAAUUUUUGAAGUGCAGCUGUUGAAAGUUUUAUGAGUAUCAUACUUAUUGUUGGUGCUUAACUAUACUAUGUAAGUUUAUUAACUGAUUAACUUCCAUUACUUUGAUCUCUUGAAGAAUGUACUGAAUUUUCGCCAAGAUAUACUAAAACUGUCUGCUGCGGGAUGUUCCAAAACUGGUUAUAUUGUUUUUAUUUCUAGUUUAAGGGAACUUAUUCUUUAGACACAA